CCAGGAUUUGGCACAGUCCUCCCAGAAGCCCUCCCCGAUCCCAUUGACCAUCUCGACCCGGCCUUGAAUCUGCCAGCGCCCUCGCUCUGCCUCCCCCCGAACCCGCUGCUUAUACGACCGUACUCCUGGAUGCGACAUUCGGACCGCGCUCACUGACAUCAUGGCCGAAGUCACCUUCAACCGAGAACGCCAUAUCAAGUAUUUCCUGCGAUGUCUCAAGACCUUCCUCCCGAGCUUAUAUACCUCCAAUGACUCCAAUCGAAUGCUCCUUGCCUUCUUCACCGUCGCGGGUCUAGACCUCCUUGGCGUCUUGCAGAGCAAGACCACCCCCGAAGAGAGACAAGGAUAUAUCAAGUGGAUCUAUCACUGCCAGGUGCCCACGGGGGGGUUUCGAGCGUUCACCGGAACGGAUUUUGGGUCGGAGAACCGCACACCCGAGAAUGAAGCCUGGGAUCCCGCCAACGUACCGUCGACUUUCUUUGCGCUGGUGGUCCUCGUUAUACUGGGUGAUGAUUUGUCGCGAGUGAAGCGGGCGGCGUGUCUACAAUGGCUCCCUCGGUUGCAACGCGACAAUGGAAGCUUCGGUGAGGUGCUUGGUCCUGGGGGGGACAUUGAAGGGGGCGGCGAUCUACGAUUUUGCUGUUUUGCAGCGGGCACCCGGUAUAUACUACGAGGGAAAGGUGGGAGGGACGUGGACGAUAUUCGGGAUAUCAAUGUGGACAAGUUGGCCGCAUUUGUUCAGGCCUGUCAGGCAUACGAUGGCGGCAUGGGAGAGGCGCCCUUUUGUGAAGCGCAUUCGGGUCACACAUACUGCGCCAUGGGCGCUUUGACAUUUUUGGGUCGGACGGCGAAGACGCAAACUUCACCCCCAGUUCUUUUACCGGGCGCAGUAGAAUUCGAAUCCCUGGUCCGAUGGCUAGUCGCCAGACAGACGGCCGAACUUGGUGAUACGGAAGAAUCAGACGAGGAGGACGGCCCUAAGGUUGACGCAGUCCCAGAACCACUGGCCGACGAAGAACUCGAUAUAGACGCAGGGCUUGAUAGGCUUCCUCCUCUAACACCGCCCACGGAAGAGUCUUUACGAUAUGCCGGGUUCAAUGGACGCUGUAACAAAUACGCCGACACGUGCUACUCGUUCUGGAAUCUAGCGACUUUAGCUCUUGCUCAGUCAUAUAAUGCAUUGUUAGAAGAAUUCUCGUCAAAGGAUCUCCGGACCGUAGGAAAUUAUACUCUCGGGCGACUCAUUGGGAAAGGUUCCUUUGGCAAAGUCUAUCUUGCCUCUCAUAAGCUCACCAAUGGCUCCAAGGUUGUCCUCAAGUCAUCAAGUAAAGAAGACAGGAAUCUGGCGCGCGAGAUCCAUCACCAUCGCCAAUUUCUCCAUCCCCAUAUCGCCCGCCUCUACGAAGUCAUUGUGACGGAAAAGCUGGUUUGGCUUGUGCUCGAGUACUGCCCAGGUGACGAACUAUACAACUACCUCCUCCGACACGGUCCACUAGCAGUCGACAAAGUCCAGAGAAUUUUCACGCAACUUGUGGGGGCCGUUGCUUACGUUCAUAGCAAAUCUUGUGUUCACCGUGACCUGAAGUUAGAGAAUAUCCUGCUCGAUAAGCAUGAGAACGUCAAACUUUGCGAUUUUGGAUUCACUCGGGAAUAUGAGGGCAAGGCGAGUUACCUACAAACGUUCUGUGGAACGGUGUGCUACAGCGCCCCGGAGAUGCUGAAAGGCGAGAAAUACGCCGGUGAGAAGGUCGAUGUAUGGAGCUUGGGCAUUAUUCUGUACGCCUUGCUCGCGGGAGAGCUGCCGUUUGAUGAGGAUGACGAUCAGGUUACCAAGGCCCGAAUUCUUACCGAAGAGCCGGUUUUCAGCGAUAAAUUCCCCGACGAUGCGAAAGCCCUCAUCAACCUUCUACUGUCGAAACGGCCUCUCAUCCGGCCUGGCUUGGAUGAAAUCCUCGCACAUCCAUUUCUUGCUGAGCAUGCCCCCGAACAGCUAGUGAUAUUGAAGAUCCCACGCCCGUCAGCUUUCUCGACCCCCUUGGAAAGGACGACUCUGCAACGCAUGAAGAGCGCGGGUGUCAACAUUGAUGAGGUUGUUGAGAGCGUCCUUUCUCAAAGAUGCGACCCGCUUGCCGGCUGGUGGGCAUUGCUGAUAGAAAAAGAGCAACGGAAAGAGCAAAAAAGGGAGCGCAAGCGACGCGAACGCGAAGCGGAGGCCAAGAAUAUACGGCGCUUGAGUGCAGCGAGCAGCCGGUUGGAAAAGAUCUCAGCCGCACUUGUGGAGGUCGACGAGGAGGGGCAUGCCUCUGCAAAUGUACCUCUACAUGAACGAGGGCGAAGGGACCGGCGAAGUCUUCCCUCUCAACUUGCUGUCCCGGAGUUACCGAUGCUCCCUGAGCCGGCCCCCAUGCAUUCCACUCGGCAGCGUCCACCACCCCCUCCAAAGGACCAAGCACGACGGCCAAGCACGUUACAUGUGAGUGCUUCGCAGCCUGAAUUAGCACAGCACAAUGGCCUAUUCAGGCGUCGGACCAGCCGCCGCCAGUACCCGAUUAUCAGCCAGCUGGCCUCAUUGAAACACUGGUUUGUGGAGUCUGCAAAGAGAGCCAAAUCUCCCCACGCCAAAUCAUCUGGCGGACAAGGAGGGCAUCGCAAAUUUCUGUCGGAGAAGCUUAGUCCUGCAAAGAGCCAGGACGCAGGGAAAAAGCCCACCUCGUCAUCUGGACCCGUUGCGCACCCGGGCGACCUGGCAACGCCCACGCAGAUCAAGCGCUCAUCCAACGCCAGCAGUUUAGCCCCAAGUAGUGCUUCAUAUCCCAACAACCGUCACUCAUUCCCUCGCCAGCAGCGUCCCUUGAGCACCAGCCAAAACCACCGCAAUUCUCUUUCACCAUCUCCAAUCACCCCGAGAGGCUCCUACAGACGAUCUUCUGCGGGCCUGCGUGGCCGCAAAUCCACUUCCUCUUCCGUGUCCUCCAUCCGCAGCAUCCACCACACUCAUACUCACUCUAAAGCGUCGUCUGUUUCGUCAAAUAGUAUUGGAUCCGCGUCAACCCCGACGGCUAGGAUAUCGAAAUCCCCCCAUUCCUCGGUCAAGGUACUUCCCACGACACCAAGCGCCUCUGCCCGCUUUCCUAGCAAUAUUCGUCUUGUUCGAGGUACACACAAUGGAUUCCGGGACCUGGAUGACCAUAACGGAAGGAUGAAUUCGAUGUUCAACGAGGCAGCCCCGACGCCUCUACUCUAUUCCCCUUCAUCAAGUCUCGUGUUUGCGCGUCGUAAAAGAUCUGCUUUCAAGGGCCCUAUGAUCCAUACAGCCAAUCUCAUGGUGUCAGGAGGUAUGACCGGCCCAGAGUACCCGAAUGGUGAUUUGGGUGUGGGGGGACCCGCGGUGACUACUACGACCCGGGCUACCGGACGGAAAAGCCAGAUCAUCGAAGAAGAGGAAGACAUGGAGGAAGAUAUUGAGGAAGUGGACACAUUUGAGUGCGCGGAAGAAGAGCCAGGCUCGCCAGUCGAGUUCAUGAGUGCCGAAGAACACCCUUCCACGGAUCAUACUGAGGAGUUGCCCGAGCAGACUCGCAAGCCGACCUUGGCUCCUGCUCCAGAGCUCGACUCCAGUCCACGUCCGCCGCGUUCAUCCUCUUAG